AUGCAUGCAUAUGAUAUGGACUCGUCACGUGUAACAGUAAUAGUAUCCGACGACGACGUAGAAGUAGAAAAAGCAGCAGCAGCAGCAAGAAGCUCGAUUACAAUGCCGAGCCCACUGCAGGGAGGGCGAAAGGGCGAUGGUGAUGAGAAGAAGGUGAGGGUGGCGGUGGAGGGCCCGAUCAUAGUUGGGGCGGGUCCGUCGGGGCUGGCGGUGGCGGCGUCGCUGCGGGUGCUGUCGGUGCCGUUCGUGGUGGUGGAGCGGUCGGAGGGGCUGGCGGAGCUGUGGCGGACGCGCACGUACGACCGGCUGUCCCUCCACCUCCCGAAACGCUUCUGCCACCUCCCCCACCUCCCCUUCCCCCGCCAUUUCCCCACCUACCCUUCCAAGUCCUACUUCCUCCACUACCUCCACUCCUACGCCUCCCGCUUCCGCCUCGCCCCGCACUUCCGCCGCGCCGUCACCCACGCGCGCUUCGACCGCGCCCUCUCCCUCUGGCGGGUCACAGCGCUCGAACGCCGCGGCGCUGCUGACCCCAGCCCCAGCCCCAGCCCCAGCUCCAGCUCGAACUCGACUUCGGAGGAGUACGUGGAGUACGUGGCGCCGUGGGUGGUGGUGGCGACGGGGGAGAACGCGGAGGCGGUGGUGCCGGAGACGAAGGGGAGGGAGCUGUUCACGGGGAGGGUGGUGCACUCGAGCGAGUAUAGGAGCGGGGAGGAGUACAGUGGGGGGAAGGUGUUGGUGGUGGGCUGCGGCAACUCCGGGAUGGAGAUUUGUUUGGACCUCUGCGAGCACGGCGCCAUGCCUUUCAUGUCGGUGAGGAGUGGGGUGCAUUUGCUGCCGAGAGAUAUGUUCGGAACCUCAACAUUCGGAUUGGUGACGAAGCUGCUGCAAUGGCUGCCCAUUAAGUUGGUUGAUAGGAUUUUGUUGUUAGCUGCGAAAAUGGUGCUGGGAGAUACGGAGAAAUAUGGGCUCAAGAGGCCAAAUUUGGGACCUUUGGAGACCAAACACAUUACCGGAAAAACCCCUGUUUUAGAUGUGGGAACUCUCGCCUUAAUCAAAGCUGGAAAGAUUCAGAUAGUACGUGAGGUGGAGUCACUGACAAGCAAUGGGGCCAGGUUUGUCGAUGGAAGUGAGAAGAGAUUCGACGCUGUGAUCUUUGCAACUGGUUACAAGAGUAAUGUCCCCUUGUGGCUCCAGGACUGUGACUUCUUCACAGAGGAUGGUAAGCCCAAGAGCCCAUUCCCCAAUGGUUGGAAAGGAGAGAACGGGCUCUACUGUGUUGGGUUCACAGGGAGAGGGCUUCAUGGCGCCGGGCAGGACGCAGUUAAAGUUGCUCAGGAUAUAGCUCAGAAAUGGACCAAUCUUAAAAAGGCUCAGACACUGCUGCGUCAAUGGGCUCAUGCUUCUGAAAUCUUGGAGCUUCAUGUAGAAGUAGUCCUCGAAACUAUAGCAAAGCAUAUAUGUGUUAAGGGAAAACUAGUGCCCCAUGAUGGCUAUUGGCUAACCGUUGUUGAGUCCAAGUCCAUCAUAAGGUGGUCAUUUGAGAGCCGAGGUUCGCAUCAUCGCCGCUCGUCGCCGAGCUCAUCCGGGUCGUCGUCCCCCUCCUCCGCCGCCCUGGCCGGCGCCGGGAGCAAGAGCUGCGACUGCAGAUCCGGCCUCAUCGUCCUCCUCCUCCGUCGCCAUGGCCGGCGCCGGGAGCAAGAGUGGCGGUGA